AUGAAGGAGCCCGUGGUCGUUAUCGAGCCUUCCGUCCUGCCCGGGAGCAACUACGUUGGCGACAGCAGCUCCCUGCCGUUCCAGCCGCUGUCGAGCGUCGACAAAGACGCCACCACUACCACCGCCGCCUCCACCCACGACCANCCCGGGAGCAACUACGUUGGCGACAGCAGCUCCCUGCCGUUCCAGCCGCUGUCGAGCGUCGACAAAGACGCCACCACUACCACCGCCGCCUCCACCCACGACCAUUUCGAGCACGUUGGCUGCCUGAAGUUGGCGGAGGAAGAGAUGGUCUCCCUCCGGAGGAUCAAGACCAAGGCCGAAGCUGAUAUCAUCCCGGGGGUGUUCGGCAGGGAUGACAUGACCCCGCUGGGAUGCGCUGCGAUCUGUGAGGGCAGGGGGCAAGAUGGCUUCGCGGUCACCCGAGGCGACCUGUGCACCUGCUUUACGGAAGCAGACACCGGGAUCUUCGACGACAGGAAGGGUGGUGUAUGCGAUGCCCCGUGUACCGGCGACAGCUCGCAGCCAUGCGGCGGAGUUGACUCGUUCGACGUUUACCAGCUGAGCCUUACAGAAGGCCACGACCGGAACCAGCUCCCUCGGCACGCCACCGUCACGGUCGAUAACACCGGAUUGCCCGUGAACGACGAAACCACCACCACUACCGGUUAG